GAGUCCUGGAGCUCCUGUUCCUUCUUCCUGAUGAGUGAGAAGAGAGCGUGAUCUGGAUGGUAGGUGUUCCUAAUGAUGGAUGCUGCUUUCCUGCAACAACAUUUAGUAUUGUAAGUAAACUUAGAAAUGUUAGAUCAUUCAAAUCACUGUGAAUAACGGGGCCCAUGGACUGAUCUGUGCACUCCCCACUCACCGCUAUCUGAAAAUGUCCUACUUAUUCCUUUAUUUUUCUCCCAUCUUUCAACCAAUUUAAACAAAAAAAUAUAUUAUUUGACUGUAUUCAAGUGAUUUCUUUAAGGUCCACACAGUUGCAUUGUUGUGCCACAAUUGCUUUGUGACAACCAACCAUACUUGUGUGUAGGAAGUGACCAGCAGGUCAUGUGGUUCCUUGGACUUUUAACCUGAUUUUACUCUGUCCAGUUCUAUUGGAAUUUUACCUCAGCAGGAGAAGCAGCAAUGUCUGAGAAAAGUGCUCUACAAGCUUGGGACUAUGUAGUAUUUGCCUCUAUGCUACUUGUAUCUACUAUAAUUGGCAUUUAUUUUGCUUAUGAAAAUAAAAGGGCAAAGAAAUUAACUACAGAAGAUUUCUUGCUAGGAAGUCGACAAAUUUCUGCUUUCCCAGUUGCUCUUUCACUGGCUGCCAGUUUUUUGUCUGCUAUUACCGUGAUUGGAGGCCCUGCAGAAGUUUACCUGUAUGGAAUAAUGGUUGUGAUGUUUUCAGUGGCCUGCCUUCUUACAAUGACAAUCACUUGUCUGAUCUACAUCCCCCUCUUCUACAGAUUAAAUAUCAUCAGCACAUAUGAGUAUAUUAAUAGAAGAUUUGGUUCUGCUGUGAAAUAUCAAGUUAUCUUUGCCUUCUUGUUGUACAUGAGCAUUUAUCUUGGUAUUGCCACCUAUACACCUGCAUUAGCACUUAGCGAAGUUACCGGGGUAAACUUGUGGACUUCCAUCAUGACGACAGGACUCGUAUGUACGCUGUAUACAACACUAGGUGGCAUAAAAGCUGUUGUGUGGACAGAUGUUUUCCAGAUCUAUAUAAUGUUGGCUGGUCUUCUUGCUUUGAUGAUUCAAGGCUUAAUCCACAGUGGAGGAUUUGGAAAGGUUUGGAAAAUUGCAGAGGAAGGAGGACGCCUCAAUUUUUUUGACUUUGACCCUGACCCAAGGAAAAGACAUACAUUUUGGAGCACGGUGAUGGGAGGCACAUUUUCAUGGACAGCGAUAUACAGUUGUAAUCAAGCACAGGUCCAAAGAUAUCUCGCCUGCCGAAGUGAAAAAGAGGCAAAAAUGGCUGUAUCCUUGAAUGGGGUUGUCAUGCUUUUAGUGACAAUUACAGCUUGCAUGUGUGGUGUAGUUAUGUAUGCUGUUUAUGAGAACUGUGAUCCAAUAGAGGCAAAGAGAAUCACCAACCCUAAUCAGAUGGCACCAUUACUCGUUUUGGAGAUCUUAUCUCAUGUGCCUGGAGUUCCAGGGCUGUUUAUUGCCAGCACGUUUAGUGGCACUCUGAGCACAAUCUCUUCAGGAAUCAAUGCCAUUGCUACAAUCUUUGUGGAAGAUAUUAUAAAACCAAACAGCAAAUCUUGGAAGCGUUUUUCUGAAAACAAGAGAACACUGAUUUCAAAGCUUCUAGCUAUGAUAUUUGGACUUGCAACAAUGAGUAUGGCAGCAAUAACAUCACUCUUUAAAGAAAAUGUCAUGCAGCUAACCCGAAGUGUUGAUGGGCUAAUUCUUGGACCCAUUCUGGGGGUAUUCACUUUAGCAGCUUUGUUUCCAAAAUGUAAUGGGAAGGGAGCAUUUGUAGGCAUGCUUACUGGUUUUGCUACUUCAGUUUUUCUGGGAGUCUAUUCUCAAUUGUAUCCACCUGCAGACAGAUUCAUAAGGAAGCUCAAAACGUCAACAGCAGGCUGUCAUUUAUUUAAUAUCACCAUCUCAGCCCCUAUGAAUAGAACAUCUUUCAUCACAACCAUGGUGAAAUCUCCAACAUCGGACAAAACCGAGAGCAUAAUUGAAAAUAUUGGCUCUUUGUCCUAUGGAUAUUAUACUCCUGUUGGCUGCUUGAUUGCGAUUACAAUUGCUUUGCUGACCAGUUUGGCUACUGGAGGUGCCAAGAAUGUGGAUCCAACUCUCAUUGCUCCUAUACUUCAUACUGUUCACAAGAAAAUGUUUAAAAAGAAACCUGCUGCUCCACCACACGAGACAGCCGUAGAACUCUUAGAAACCACUACUGAAAAGAAAUUCAAUACUGCUCACCAUUCUUCCAAUUCACAGAAUGAAAAACCGCUGCAGCCCCUGGUAUCUGAAUAAAUAUUGAAAUAAUGUUGGGAUCUUUGACCUGUGCUAAAGAAGACAUACGAGCACAACUAAGGUGCAAAAGAUUAAAUUUAAAUCUUAAGGUAAUGCUAGAUACUGACAGAUUGAAUUGGAAAAGAAGUAAGUAAUUAACUGAACUGUUGCGAAUGAGUAACUGCCAGAUUUUAAAUGUUGUAAACUUUUCUCUGUAAUGGUUCAUAACUUUCUCAGGAUAUUAGGACACCAUUCUGCAUGCUUACAAGACCAAAAUACCUUUCUGUGUAGCUUAUGUCACAAUGUGGGAGUUGCCAGUAGUGACUACAUUGUUCCUGUUACAUGUAUAAAAUACGAAUAGUCCUGAAUUGAAUCAAAGGUACUGUUAGCUGUCUGCAUCUUCAAAAUAUGUAUUUUCAAUGAUUGUUAAUGUUAAGAUCUGUAGAACGUUUGAGAGCAAGCAUAUGGGAAAAUCGUUUUUCUGUUUUAUGUUGUAGCGUUUAACUCCUGUAUAAGCAAUGUAUUUCGACACAACUGACUCAAGUUAUCUUGAGUUGAUAUAAAAAUGGAUAAUAGUGUUAACACAAUAACUUGUAUUGUUGCUGAUAGAGUGCUUAGGCUGAGCUCUGCUGUUGUAUCCUGACAUUGUCUGAACAUUUCAUUUGAAAUGGACUGUGUUUUAAAAUGAAUGUCCAUUAAUCAAUAUGUAAUUCGAUUAUUAGAACAAUUAGUUCUAUUAAUCAAUUUCACCUGUGAUGUAAUGCAUCUGAUCAUAACUGAUUCUUAUGAUUAGUGCAGUCUUCGAGCAGAAUUCUAUUUAAUUAUAUCACAUAUCAAACAUUGAAAUGUUAACUACAAGCUGAUUUUGCCCUUUCCUGAGUAGUACAGGAUCUAAAAUAAAAUUUGAAAACAAUCAAGAAUAAGAGUGAAUUCCCACUUGUGUUUACAUUUUCAAAUGUACCUACAAACUCUUAAGGUGAAACCAAAAAAUGUUACAUAAAUAUUGCUGGCAAAACAACCGAAGAUGCAGCCAAUGUGGCAAAAGAACACACUUGAUUUCACCAAAUAUAAUCCCUAGCACUACACAAAUUAUAAACUCAAAUCAGCACCCUCACAGUUCAUAAAAGGUUAGAUUGGCAAUUGUGAUCGAAAUUUCGGAACUUACUAUACAAUUUACGUAGGUAAAAUGAUAGAUUUCAGUGUGAUUUCAUUCCAUCUCUCAUAUAAUUCACCAGAGUUGCUAAAUGUCAAUCUUUAAUCUGGUUAAUCCAAGGUUCUUUGGUUACAAUUUAGACAAAGACAUCUUCAUAUUGUAAGAAAACCAUAAUUCAAUAAGAUAUAAGAGCGGAAUUAGGCCAUUUGGCCCAUCAAGUCUGCUGUUCCAUCAUGUCUGAUCCAUUUUCCCUCUCAGCCCCAGUCUCCUGCCUUCUCCCCAUAUCUCUUCAUGCCCUGACCAAUCAAGAAUCUAUCAACCUCUGCCUUAAAUAUACUCAAUGACUUGGCCUUCACAUUAACGAUUUCUAGAGGUUCACCACUCCCUAACUGCUGACAAUACUCCCAGUGAGGCCUCACCAGUGCUUUAUAAAGCUUGAACAUUACAUUAAAUCCUUGCUUUUAUAUUCUAGUCCUCUUGAAAUGGAUCCUAACAUCACAUUUACCGUCCUCACUACCAACUCAAACUGCAAUUUAACCUUUAGGGAAUCCUGCACAUGGACUCCCAAGUCCCUUUGUACCUCAGAUUUUUGGAUUUUCUCUCCAUUUAGAAAAUAGUCUACCCUUCUAUUUCUUCUACCAAAAUGAAUGAUCAUACACUUCCCAAGCAUUCACAACACACUCGAAUGUCGCUAGAGAUUAACUCUGAAGGGGGAAAAUGAAGGUUUCUUUCAAUAUGAUUAUGCCAUUUCCAUAUAGUUUCAGUUUUAUGUUCUGAACUGAAUGUUGUUUGAUUGUGCCAUGAAAUAUUUUGGUCAUUUUUGAAACCUAAUGCAAAACAAAUCAAUAAACACAA